CGAUAGUAAACCAAUCAGAGUUGCCGAUAAAAUAUUUGAACUCGGUGUUUGGCGCUAUCCAAAAAGGUUGCACGUUCUGGAUAUUUUUUUAGCUGUAAAAAUGGCUCACAAAAACAUUUAUUACUCAGAUAAAUACACAGACGACCAAUAUGAAUACAGACAUGUGAUGCUUCCGAAAGAAAUUGCUAAACUGGUUCCCAGUAAACUGAUGUCAGAGGCGGAAUGGCGAGGCCUAGGUGUGCAACAGAGCCAGGGCUGGAUUCACUAUAUGAAGCAUGAUCCAGAACCCCACAUUCUGAUGUUUAGACGACCCCUGACCCCCACCCAGAAGUAGUUACAUCAUCAUCAUCAUGCAUUGAUCACACCACGUCUUAGCCACAUAUUUUACUUUUUCGAAGACCACUGCCAUGUCACAACCAACAGACCCACCAUCACAAGGAUCUUGGACAUUAGUUCAAACCCUUUCUGUCAAACCACCACAAAUUCCUACACAACUAAGCUAUAGAGAAUUCUCCAGUGCAAGAGACAUCACACAAUGCUACAGAAUGGUGAUGCUUUGUACAUAGAAGUCUGGAUUUCCUCUGUCAUUUGUUGGAAUAUUUUGUGAUUAUUUCGCGCAUGCAUGUUUCUUUACCUAUUCUACUGUUCCACAGAGCACUAGCCUUUGUAUUACAGAAUGUCAACAUCAACAGGUUUUGAUGUAAAAUGAUACAUUUCUCAGGUUUUUAAACUUAAUAUUCAUAUGCAAGAAUAUACUGCGCUUGUGAUUGGUAAAAAUCAUAAUGGUAUAAACUGCAAUGCAAUUGUGAUGUAAUUUGAUUGAAAUUUUAAAAA